AUGAAAGCCGGUCAGUUUUUAUUUCCCAUUUUAGAGCAAAAAAACAAGUAAAUGAUGAAACAGAGAGGUUCGAUGGUUGGUCUUAAAAUUGUAUGUGUGAACAGAAAAAGAUAAGUCGGCGUAGGUGUGAGGAAACCAUUCUUUUCUAAUCAGCAAUGUGGCAAAAAAAAAUCCUUCCUUCUCUACUUGUCUAAGAUGAAACCCUUCGAGAGUCUAAUCGAAAAAAAAACUCCGAAAAAACUUCGAAACUGGUGAGAAUUUGUGAGGAGGCUGUUACAGUAACCAUCUUUUCGAGGUGUCAUUUUUAUCAGAUUUAUUGAUACCGUUCUUGUUUCCUUUACUUUCCCGUAAAGUCACUUUUUUUUGUUGUUGAACAAAACGAAAAGAUUCGUAUUGGACUUUUGAAUGCAUCAAAAAAUAUUUUUUAGGAAAUCCUUUCAAAAAAAACUUUCUAGGCUAUUUCAUCUUGUAGCAAAGUUUGAAAGUUUCUUACUAGGGAACUACUCAAACUCGGGGAUGAGAAUAGAACUUGACCUUGGUGGCUUGUCUACCCGGGUAAGAGUACUUGGAUAUAGACAGAUUGUGUACUGAAUUUCAUAGGUUCCUGAAAAAAUGAUUUUCAAAGAGAAGAGUCCUGUAAGCACCUGGACCUUCUUCCUGUAUCGAAAUGGCCUGGCGCAGUGGCUUGAGGCUCAGUUUCAUAAUUGAUUGACCAAAUAAGAUCCCUGUCAAAAGCGAGUCUUUCUUCCAAUUCUCUUAGAGGCGAAAAAUCAUUGAAUAAAUACGAAAUUACAGAAUAUUUGUAAGUUUCAUCAAAAUAAACCCUCAUUUUUCAAAAAAAUUUAUGCAUUUAUUGAAAAGUUACUUUUCGGUUCAUGAAAUCGUCUUUGAUCAAGAAUGACGCGUAUCAUUUAAUCCUUUCAAACGGAAAGUGUGGAAGUUGAUAUACUUGCGAGAAAACGGAAAUUCCUCUAAGAAGUGAAAAAUUCUGGAAGCUCAGACUUUUUUCAGAUUGGAAAAUCUGUUUCCAUGAUAUUUUUUUUUGCUCAGAUUAAUCUUUCACGGCGAAAGCGUUGAAUAUUUCAAAAGCUUCCAGAGGGUUUUUGUGCUUUCAGGGAUACGGUCAAAGAUUUUUUGGACUGCCAGGGCACUUAAGAAAAUUGAUGUUUUGUUGCAUGAUAAAUUCAUAUAAUAGGUGUUUUCCGAUUUCUUGGGCUAAGGAGUUUUGAAAAAAAAAUGUUUUUCUCAAAUUUGGAUAUUCACGAAAACAGCAAUUUUUGAGAUUAUAAACUUUCUUGUUUUCGAAUAAGGUUGCGCUGUCAUACUAUAAACUUUUCAUUGAAGAGGUUUUUACUUCGCAAGGUAUGAAACUAAGGAAACACUUGUGCUUUCAGGGAUACGGUAUAAGAUUUUUUUGUUUCGGGUUCAGAGUUUAAUUUUUUUAAUUAUCCGAGAAAGUUUUUUUAAAUUAAACUUUUUGCUCGUCUAAGCUGACGUAAGAUCUUAAUCAAAUUAAACUUUGAGAGUUAAUUGACUUGAAGCUUAUUUUGAGAUACCGUAGUGCGUAUAUAAAUAAACAUCUAUUCCUGAAAACUUCUAGAUGAGGCAUUCUUUCAUUAAUUCAGCCGAACUUCUUUUUUUAGAAUCUCUGAAAAUUCCGAUAUAAGUAGCAAAGUACAAGCAAAAAAAUUUUAGAAAUCAUUGAAAAAUUAAGUUUUCAGGUGAUUUUUUUCAACCUCGAAUGUAAGUUCAAGAAAAAAAUUUAAAUUUUGGCUGUUUCAGUUAUAGUUGUCUUGAAUUCUACACAGAUAGAUCUAUUUCGGUUUUUGAACUGCGAAGGUUUUAGAUUUAUUUGAUGCAACUCGGAUCGUUUUGAGUCGCUCUUAGCCUCUUCGUAACUUUUACAGAACUUUUCGGGUCGUGUUCUUAUAAUAUCUCUAUUAAAACCGAAAAAAAACGUGACUAUAUAUAAUAUGUAUAGUGAGAUAUCCUUCCAGCAAGUUGCCGCAAAAAAAAAACAAAUCGAAUCUCAAAAACAAAGUUUCAAAGUUGUCGACAUCAUUUGUAGCGGAUUUCCGCUUGGAAGUCGAAGUUCAAUAAGAAACUUGCAUAGCAGGCCCUGUUUACGCUCUUUUGCUGCUUUUGUCGACGUUUGCGGCUCCGCUAAAUAGUGAUUUCUCGCUGUUGGGGCUUCUCUGCUCGCGCUUGCAAAUAGAUAAAAAAAUGAAAAACAUGGGAUUUGGUGGGCGGAGCCAGCCGCCGGGACGGCGAACGGAUAUAUCAUAAUAAUCAUUUUGGCUUGAGAGCGCCCUUGAGACUGCACAAACAACUCGGCCUACAGGUGGCCGCUACUUCCGUGGCGCCCGCUGAAACUUUGAAUUGUUCUUUGACUUGUUGUCGACGAGUUUUUGGGAAAAAAGACCUUCUCUCUCGCUAGUUCCUCCGUGGUUUUUUUUUCUGAACCCAAACUUCUCUUUCAACUAAGUCAAGGGACUGAUACAUUGCCACAAACUUGUCGACCUUUCGUUGAAACCGCGUCUGUCUCCUCCAGUUCAAGAAAAAACGAUAUCAAGUUCAUGUUUCGCUACUCUAUUUUUCUUUCAAAACAAAAAGACCACAAAGGAAUAUGAGGACAACAAAAAAUGAAAUUUUAUUGGAGACGGUUUCUCACACCUACACGGUCGUAUAAUUUGAAUUGCGACGUGGAACGUUUCUUUUUUUUCCAAAUCGUUUCUUUGGUUUCUUUAGUUUGCCCUCUUCUUUUUCUUUUUCAUUCUUCUUCAUUUGAGAAAGAUGAGCAAACUUCUUUACAUACAUCAAAACUUCAAAUCGGUUUUAUUAUCUUCAUUAAAAAGCGUAUGUUUUUUUCAGAAAUCAAAUUACUACCGUAAUCUGAAAAAGCGGAAAAAGCACAAAGGUCUAUGAAUGUAGCUUUCUGUUAAACCACGAAACAAAAUUUUUUUCAAAGUACAUUCUCUUCUUCUUUUUCGAGAAUUAUCGGGAUUCUUUCUUGGUAUGGAUUUUCUUUUUAGAGCUAUAUUAGAAUUAGAGGAUUAGGAAAGAGAUAUAUGGCAGAAAAUCGCUUCUUGAUAAAUUAUUGCAUUUUGAAAAGAUAGAAAAGAUCAAUUCAUCUCUCUCUUUCUCAUUUGAAAAUUUCAAUUAGUUUGAAGGCAUUUCCUCGCUUUUUUGCCAUUUUCAAGGCUGCUGCCGAAAACGGCAGAAGGGGAGAGUGGGAGAAAAAAAAAUUGUACGUGGGCGUGACAAACAAGCUGCCAACAAUACAGACGGACGUUUCAGAAUCGGCGACCGGCAGUUGUGAGAAGCUCGCUGCGUCAGGUUCGGCUAACGGAGACUCUCGGAGCCUGCAGCGCAAGUCCAGAAUGAUCUUCCUUUCCUGUUUCAGAGGUUCACUUCUACUCUUUCUUUUCAAACUGGGUUUGGACAAAGAUCACUCAAUUUUUAAUCCUUCCAAGCGCUCAUGUUUUUGAAGAAAGUUAUACUGUAACGACCCUCUUAAUAGCAGAAGUAUAAAAAAAAAACAAUUGAGUCGAGAUUUUUUGAAACCACCAUAGACCAGGCGAAUUCAGAAUUUUCAACUUCAAAAAUCUAAAAUUUUUGUAGGGCGGAACUCAGACGACUCGUCAUCCUCAAGCUUUGGGAAGAAGAAACGGAGAUCAACUGGAAGCACCAGCGACACAAAAUUCAGCAAGAAGAAGUCUAACAACUCGAAAGACUCUGCUAACGGAUCCAGCUAUUACUCUCGCCAGGUUCAUCUAUUUUCCAAAUUUCCAUAUAUACAAGGAUGCGAAGAGCCCGUCUUUAAUUGCACAGAAAAAAACUCAAAUUAACAUAGAGGCCGGCAAGCCAGUUUUGCUUUUUCUUUCUGACUCUUGUUUUUGACACAAGUAGCGUCUCUAGCGGGCCAAGGACAUGAGGACUAACGAGUCUGAGGUGUGAAUGGCCUCAAACAAACAGGAAAGGGGACUUCGGUGCUUGGCAGUACCAGGUAAUCACUGGCAAAACAAUGAAUAAACCAAAUAAACAAUGCCUGAAAGAUAUGAGCAAAGCGAAGUGAUAAUAUAAAUAAAAUUAUCUAUCAUGUUCUAGUUUUCGAAAACAGAGUUUGAAAAGAAUGUUGAGGGAGUUUGCAACAAACCGAGGAUCAGACAAGAUGAAAAUAAUACUUUGAUUAUAGUAAACGAAUGUAAGCUCGGAUCAUUGAACUUUUAGAUCUUUUUAGUGAGAACUUUUCAUAGAAAACUAUUAAUCAAGACAAACUUCAAAGGCGCAAAUUGUAGCCUACACCUUAAUUGAAGAAUCAUUUGAAUUUGAUUCCCUGAAAUAUAUAACAGACCAUUGAUUUUCUGAACUUCGUCCACGCGAAUAUUUCCAACCAUUUUUCCUUCUCAACGGCGCAACCUUCAAAAGAUAACAAGAGGCAACGAAGUCGCCAAAAAAAGACUGUCCUUGUGAAUAAAGAGUCCGAAGAAGAAUUUCUCACUACACAGCGGUUACCACAAGAAAAGCGCAGAAAAAAGCCCGGAGUUCGAACUAUUGAAAGGCCAUUCCAUUUUUUUGGAAGUUUUAACUUUUUUUCCUGCAUCAAAAACGAUAAUUUUUUGCGCUGAAAAAUGGCCAAUUAAAAAAAAAGUAAAAAAUCAAAAAUAUAUUAAAGGAAUCCGUUCCACUAUUGACUUCUGCGCCGCCGGCGCCUCGUGCUCCGCGAUUCACACGAAUCCAGAACAUGAUCAAGGCAGAAGAAAUCCUCGAAAACGCAGCGAAGAAUGGCAUUGCGGAGAAGUCUGGAAACGACUUUUCUUUCGUCCGCAGCAUCGGAGAAGGGUCUUACAGCACGGUAUCGUAGCUAAAACCCGAACCAUAAACUUUUCUGUUUUCCAGGUUUAUCGUGUUCGAGACGAGGAAUCGAAGAUCCAUUUCGCGGCUAAAGUCAUCCAAAAAGCUAAUCUCUACAGAAAUGACAAACUCGAGUCAGCUAUCCGCGAAAGAGACAUUUUGGUCUAUCUGACUGAAUCUGGGGAGAACCAUCCGUUUAUUCCGAACCUCUACACUACAUUCCAAGACGUCGAAAAUUUUUGUGGGUGCAGAUAGAAAUUCAUCUCAAUGGAAGCAGUUUCAGACCUCAUCAGCCUUGUUGCUGAACGGGGAACCUUGGACGACAUGAUCACGCGGUUCACAACUCUCAGUGUCCCUCAUGCUACUUUCUACGCUUCUGAAAUCUUGGCUGGACUCGAGUUUAUCCAUGGGUUAUUUCAUUUUAUAAUCUAAUUAGUCAUUCAAUCUGUUAUAGGAAAAACAUCAUCCAUCGAGACUUGAAGCCGGAGAACAUUUUGAUCAAGGAAGAUGGCCACAUCAUGAUCGCUGACUUUGGAAGUGCUCAAGUUGUUGAUAACUUCACAUGUAAGAUUUCUAAAUUUUUCCGGUUCAAGUUCGGGUUUCAGUGCCCUCGAACAAGUUCCAAGAAGAAGACCAGUACUAUCCGGCCCCUCCACCGCCGGUGACCAGAGACUACCGUCGUAUGCUUGACGAUGACGAAGAAGGUUUUCAAAACAUAUCCUUUUGGAAAACUGAAGUUCCCUUUCAGAAGAACCUGAGCCGGUCCGUCGGUCGACGUUCGUCGGAACUGCUCAGUACAUCAGCCCAGAAAUGCUGACUGAUGGAGACGUCGGACCUUCGUAUGACUUCGAAUUCUUUCAUCAAAAAUCAUAUUUUUUAGAACCGACGUUUGGGGCUUCGCAUGCAUUCUGUUCCAAUCUCUGUACGGUCAACCACCAUUCCGGGCUGUGAAUCAGUACCAUUUGCUGAAAAAGAUCCGAGACUUGGACUUCGCAUUUCCCGACGAGUUCCCUCCACUUGCCAGAGACUUGCUUGCUUCUAUCUUUGUAAAUUCGCCUUUCAAUAAAAUAUUUUCACUUAAUUGAUUCAGGUCCUUGAUCCUGCCAGCCGUAGUAAGAUUUCUGAUAUCAAGGACCACGAAUUUUUCCGGAAGAUCAACUGGGAUAAGAUUCUCGUAAACGAUCCACCAAGGCAUGCUGGAUACACGCCAAAGUCCUAUGGUAACCUAUAAAAUGGGAAAAAGAGUAAACAAAAUUUACUUCAGCGUACAAUGACUUCGAUCUUCCUCUGGACAUGGACACCGGAUAUACAGACUUUGCGAUCCAGAGAAUGUUGAAUAUGAAGAAACCGAUGAAGCGACUUCCUGGAGUUGGCUUGGUCAAUGGAGAGCAGCAACUGUGAGUUAGGAGAAGUUCUUCAACUUCAAAUUUUCAACUAAAUAAUACUUAAAAACGGAUUUUUUUAUACUAAAAAUUUCAGUGCUACCUUCGAAUUUGAUGACACAUUGGAAGGACCGAGUGACAUGGCGAUGUGAGUUACUUCGUCAAAGUUUGAAUGAGCAACGAAAUUUUUCAGCAAGCCUGUUCAAAUGGAUGAGGCGACGCGCGCCAGACUUCUCGAGAGACAAAGAAUUGAACAUCCAUACCAUCUUUACGUCGAUAACCACCUUAUUCUCCGUUCUGGAUUUGUGUACAAGAAAAGGGGGCUCUUCUCACGUCGUCGCAUGUUCCUUCUCACUGAGGUUAGAAUUAAUCGAUCGGGAUUGAAGUACUCAGUUUUACAGGGACCUCAUCUUUUCUACGUCGACCCUGACGAGAAGAUUCUGAAAGGCGAAAUCCCAUGGUCACCUUGUAUGAGGACUGAAGCCAGAAACUUCCGCGCCUUCUUGAUUCACACGGUGAGCAAAUCUUCAUACCAAGUGAAACUGUUGAAAAUUUUUCUGUUCUUAGUGAAGCAUUGAUCUGGAGAUAGAACCGUACUGAUGAUCCAAUGUUUCAGCCAAAUCGCGUUUACUACAUGUUCGAUCCCGACCGCAGGGCUUUGGAAUGGUGCCAAGCUAUCGAAGACACAGCCAAGCUAUUCGAAGUCGACAUCGCACGAAUCUACCAAACGGCAAUGCGCGAAGGAACUUUCGAUAUAAUUUAUGGAAAGAAACGCACUGAAAAGGUUCCUAGAAUCCAGAAUCUUUGGUUUUUAUUAUUCAAAUCUACAGGAACUCGCAAAAGAAGAAAAGGCACGACUGAAAAAACGUCAAAAAGAGGAAAAGAAACGCCUCAAACGAGCCUUGCGCAACCUCCGCAACCGUUGA